AUGGGUCCUACAAUGUCUGUAGGUGAGAUAAAACCUGCGGAGUAUAUGAAGAUGAUUUCGUCAUUGAAGCCAAAUAUAUGGGCUAGUUUGGCAGAUGAAGUGCCUGCAUGGACUUCUGAAAAGAGAAACAGGACUUCAGUGGAUCGGACUGUGCAAUGGCUUGAUGACUGCAUUGCCUUAGAUCUGUGUGUGUCAUGGCUCUGUAUUCGACUUCAGCCUUUAGUUUCAGAUUCCAGUUUUGGGAUUCUUUUUCAAGUAUCAGAAGAAGGUUUUGUGUCAUUGAAACACAGACUGUGCAACCACAAAAAUCCUGUUUCUUUUGUGGCAUGGAGCCCUGAUGAUACAAUGCUACUGACAUGUGGAAACCAUGAAGUCCUCAAACUAUGGGAUGUGGAGACAGGAAACUGCAAGCACACAUUUGGUGAGCGGACCCCUGUUGUCACCUUGUGUGCUUGGUUUCCUGAUUCAAAGAGGCUGGUCUCUGGUAGCUCUGACCCAAAAAAUUGUAUCUACACAUGGGACCUCAAUGGCAAUGAGCUGGAGGCGUGGAAAAGGGGGAGGUUGCCUAAGGUCUCAGACCGUGCUGUGACACUUGAUGGGGAUCAUCUGAUCAGUGUCUUUCAUGAGAAAGAGAUUCGCAUAUACAAAUUCAGGACAAAAUCAGAGCAGAUUAUCUCAGAGGAGAAUGCUAUCACAUCGCUUUUUGUUUCUAGAGAUGGUUGA